CUCUAUCUGUGUCAGAAUGGCUCCCGAUGUGCUGUCUGGUACCAGCAUCCCACCUACUUCACUGGCACCAUGGAUGCCUUUGUGAAGAUUACUCGGCAUGAGGGUGCUAGGACCUUGUGGAGUGGCCUCCCUGCGACUCUAGUAAUGACAGUGCCUGCCACCGCUAUAUACUUUACCACCUAUGACCAGCUCAAGGCUCUCCUGUGCAGCCGAACUGUGACUUCUGACCUCUAUGCGCCCAUGGUGGCAGGGGCUAUGGCCCGACUGGGUACUGUGACUGUGAUCAGCCCCCUGGAAUUGGUGAGAACAAAGCUUCAGGCUCAGCAUCUGUCCUACCGUGAACUUGGGGCCUGUGUCCGGGCAGCCGUGUCCCAGGGUGGCUGGCGCUCUCUGUGGCUUGGCUGGGGUGCCACUGCAUUGAGGGAUGUGCCUUUCUCAGCCCUGUACUGGUUUAACUAUGAGUUAGUGAAGACAUGGCUUUGUAAGAUGGCAGCCAAGGACCGAACUUCAGUCGGCAUCAGCUUUGUGUCUGGAGCCUUCUCAGGAACAGUGGCUGCUGUGCUCACACUGCCUUUCGAUGUGGUGAAAACUCAGCGUCAGAUGGAGCUGGGAAGUGUGGGAGCCUUGAGAGUGACAUCCCCACGCUCCACUUCCACCUGGCUGCUGCUCCGGCGGAUUCAGGCUGAAUCUGGGGCCAGAGGACUCUUUGCAGGCUUCCUCCCAUGGAUCAUCAAGGCAGCCCCCUCCUGUGCCAUUAUGAUCAGCACCUACGAAUUUAGCAAAAAUUUUUUCCAGAGAUUGAACCUGGAAAAAUGCCCCCGGGGAUCCUGAGGGGAGAGUGGGAGAGAAGUGGAAGAUACCAGUCUCCUGAGGAAACCAGCUCUGGCUCUCCAAUGGGAGAGGAGACUUACACAAACUUUCCUUAACCUGGGGGUGGUUGGUAGGGCAGGGCAUCACCCUCUCAUCUUAUGUCUGAGAGAGUGAGAUGCCCACUCUGCCCCUCCCUCCUACCUGACAAUACUAGGGCACCAUGCAGGGAACAAAACUCCCCUCUUUCUCCAUACAAAUAUUUUCUCCUUUCCUACAGACCAAAUGCACCUAGCUCUUGUUUCCUCUUGUUGGCCCCUUGUUUUUUCCUCUGGACAUUACCCCACCCCCUGGUCCUGCUUUGUCUCAAUCUGCCCCUUGUUGAAUCCUUUGGAUCCAAAGAUGAA